AGGACCUCAGCCAGGCGAACUACGCUGCGUGACAAGGGCGCAGUGGAGGGAGGAGAGGGAUGCCGCGGGCUGGCCUACGCGCCUGGAAAGCGGCGGCUCACUGCGUUCUUCCCGCUGCAGCUAUGGGCGCAGCCCGGGUUGAGGACACCUCGGGCUCGUGGCUGGUGUCGCGUGGUCUUCAGAACCCGACACCGGUCGCUCUCUUUGGUCGGCUUCCCCAGCCGCCCAGGAGCUCCUGACGCCGCUCACCCCGCCCACAGCCCGCCGGCUGGAGGCGCGGUCCCAACCCUGGACGGCAGAAGCCAAUCAGAAGCAGUAGUGGGCGAAGGAACCCGCCGGCCUCUCCUUCCUCCGGAAAGAGGAAGCGGAAGUGACGCUAGGGACAGGUGGGGGCAAUCAUGGUGCCGCUGGGGAGGGGAGAAGCUGCCGCUGCCGCCGUUGCCGGGAGCCGCGGAGAAAGGCCAUUACCAUUCUGUUUCUCACAACUGGGCUGAGCACAACUGAACCAUGGGGGAACACAGUCCAGACGACAAUAUCAUCUUCUUUAAGGGAGAGGAAGAUGACCUAACCCCGGAUGACAAGAUGCUCAGGUUUGUGGAUGACAGCGGACUGGUGCCUUCCUCAUCUGGAACUGUUUAUGACAGGACCACUGUUCUCAUAGAGCAGGACCCUGGCACCUUGGAGGAUGACGAUGACGACGGACAGUGCGGAGAACACUUGCCUUUUCUUGUGGAAGGUGAAGAGGGCUUCCUAAUAGACCAGGAAGCAAUGUCCCAGGGUUAUGUCCAGCACAUUAUCUCACCCGACCAGAUUCAUUUGACUAUAAACCCCGGUUCCACGCCCAUGCCAAGAAACAUCGAAGGUGCGACCCUUACUCUGCAGUCGGAAUGUCCAGAAACGAAACGCAAAGAAGUCAAGCGGUACCAGUGCACCUUUGAGGGAUGCCCCCGCACCUAUAGCACAGCAGGCAACCUGCGCACCCACCAGAAGACUCACCGCGGAGAGUACACCUUCGUCUGUAACCAGGAGGGCUGCGGCAAGGCCUUCCUCACCUCCUACAGCCUCAGGAUCCACGUGCGAGUGCACACGAAGGAGAAGCCAUUUGAGUGUGACGUGCAGGGCUGUGAGAAGGCAUUCAACACACUGUACAGGUUGAAAGCACAUCAGAGGCUUCACACAGGGAAAACGUUUAACUGUGAAUCUCAAGGCUGCAGCAAGUACUUUACCACACUCAGUGAUCUGCGGAAGCACAUUCGAACCCACACAGGAGAAAAGCCAUUUCGGUGUGAUCACGAUGGCUGUGGAAAAGCCUUUGCAGCAAGCCACCACCUUAAGACUCACGUCCGUACGCACACUGGCGAAAGACCCUUCUUCUGCCCCAGUAACGGCUGCGAGAAGACCUUUAGCACUCAGUACAGUCUCAAAAGUCACAUGAAAGGUCACGAUAACAAAGGAACCGUGUACAGUGCACUUCCACAACACAAUGGAUCAGAGGAUACAAAUCACUCACUUUAUCUGAGUGAGCUGGGCCUUCUGUCCACGGAUUCUGAACUGCAAGAAAAUUCCAGUGCAACACAGGACCAGGACCUCAGCACAAUUUCACCAGCAAUCAUCUUUGAAUCAAUGUUCCAGAACUCAGAUGACCCUGCAGUUCAGGAUGACCCUCUGCAGACAGCUGCCUUGAUCGAGAGUUUUAAUGGUGACGCAGAGUCAGUCAGUGACGUCCCACCGCCUGCAGGAAACUCAGCGUCUUUAUCUCUUCCACUUGUACUGCAGCCUGGCAUCUCUGAGCCACCCCAGCCUUUGCUGCCAGCCUCAGCUCCGUCCGCUCCUCCACCUGCUCCCUCCCUAGGACCUGGUUCCCAGCCGGCUGCAUUUGGCAGCCCCCCUGCUCUCUUGCAACCUCCAGAAGUGCCUGUUCCCCACAGCACACAGUUUGCUGCUCAUCAUCAAGAGUUUCUUCCGCACCCCCAGGCCCCACCCCAGACCAUCGCACCAGGACUUUCUGUAGUUGCUGGGGCACCCGCAGCAGCGGCAGCAGUGGCAGCAGCUGUGCCAGCACCAGCCCCACCACAAAGUACUACUGAGCCCCUGCCUGCUAUGGUCCGGACUCUGCCCCUGGGUGCCAACUCUGUCCUAACUAAUAAUCCUACCAUAACCAUCACCCCAACUCCUAACACGGCAAUCCUGCAGUCCAGCCUAGUCAUGGGAGAACAGAACUUACAGUGGAUAUUGAAUGGUGCCACCAGUUCACCACAAAACCAAGAACAGAUUCAGCAAGCAUCGAAAGUCGAGCAGGUGUAUUUCACCACUGCAGUGCCAGUAGCCAGUAGCACAGGGAGCUCUGUCCAGCAGAUCGGUCUCAGUGUUCCUGUGAUCAUCAUCAAGCAAGAGGAGGCCUGUCAGUGUCAGUGUGCCUGCAGGGACUCUGCCAAGGAGCGGGCAGCCGGCCGGAGAAAGGGCUGUUCUUCCCCACCCCCUCCAGAGCUGAGCCCCCAGCCUCCUGAUGGGCCCACCCUGCAGCUGCCACCCUAGACUUCUCCCUCACCCUUGCCCCCCUCAUCCUCCUCUACUGGACCCUCCUCCUGUGAGCAAAGCAGACAGGCUGAGGCUCCUCAGACCCUCCGAAAUGUUAAGUGCCAUGGAUGUGUCAGAGUUCCUGUCCCUCACAGCCUGGACGCCCCGUCCAAUCCAGUUCCGAGUGAAGCAGUCCUGCAGGGUGGAGGAGACGGCCUGGCCAGCAGCCUCUCGGGGGACGGGCCUGUGCGCGCCCCUUCAGGAACAGGGUGAGCAGGAAGUAGCGAGUGUGAUGCUGCCAUCAUGGGGUCAGAAAUUGGAAGGAUGAAGAAAUCUGCCAUCUGAAAGCCUCACCUUUCAGACAUAUUUUCUUUACUCAUAUCCCAGGAACAUCCAUUUUAAGGAACUGAUCUUUGGAGGAAAACAAAAACAAAAAAAAAAAAAAAGAAAAAGAAAAAAAAGCUAAGUUAUAAGUGGACUGUCUGGCUGCACUGUGUGUCACUUUUGCUUAUUGUUCUGUGAACUUGGAAACUAAGGUUACGUGUGCAUAAAAGUUGUAAAUGAACGGGUGUGGUUUCCAUCAAUUUGGUGCUGCCCAUCAUUGCACUGGGGUCCUUGUGGAUGGGCAGGAAGUGCAGUGUGCUGCGUGUUGCUCCUCCCUCUCUGUCUUUUUGAAUCUGAGGUGACGUCUCUCUGGAGGGCCAGACCACUGUUCUGUGGAAGUGGGCAGUGGCAAGGGCAGGUGAGAGUUGUGAGCUAGACAGGGUGAGAUUGUUGUGUUGUUGGCUCUUUGUUUCUGUGGAGCUUGGAGUAGAUGCAGAGGGGCCUGUCCUGUAUCCUGCUCAAUCCAAGCGAGCAGCAUCAGGCCCCUGGCUAUGGUGAUGAGGUGGUUCUGCAGGGCCCUGAGGCAAUUUGACAGCUCUGUUGAUCCUGGCUAGAGCUGGCUCUAGCAAAGCCAAGUCCUUGCCUUCUGGGCUCUUCCCAUUUCUCCAUGCUUGUCAGGGCUAGAAGUUUGGACUGCAUCGCUCCUAAGGAAGUGCCCCAUUUUAUUCAUAGUGAACGCAGGGCUGAUGGCCAGUGGCCGCCAGAGUCUGCACGCCGCCUCAGAGCAGGAGGGCCACUUCUCCCAAGAAGGUACAGAGCUAAGGGGGUUGGAUGAAGUAGCAGGUGGUACCCAGGUCUAGCCAGGCUUUUGUUUAUCCCCUCCCAUCUCCAUCCUCACAUCUCUAGAUUUUGCAUAUAGCCUCGCACAGUGCAAACAAGGAUGUGAUUUCUAAACAAAAAGGAAUAAAAAUGAAAACGAUGAUCUUCUACUCAGGGUAAAACAAAAAUUCCCCUUCCACCAAAAAGCCUGAAGCUUGCAGUCAAGUUACCUCAUUUGGAAUGUUUCAUUAAGUUGUGUUUUAGGAUUUUUUUUAUUAGUGUAUAGAAUUGUGUCCAUCUACCUGCCUUUGGCUCCAGGUUACUGCCUCUUCAAAUAUAGUACAAUCCAUAGGAAAACGGGAACGUCUGUCCUUCAGCUUGGAAAGCUCAGUGGCCGGGCCAGGGUCUGGAGGAGGUCUCAGCCUCCUUCCCGGAGCAAGGUCCGGGGCUCAGACAAGAUGAGAGCUGUGUAGGUUGCCCUCCUGCAGCCCGUCAGGAUGGUGUCCUUUCAGAAGGCCCUUGUCUAGAGGCAAGAUAUUUCGGGACAACUGACCAAGAGAGUCAUGGCAGCGGUAAUGGGAAGGAGUGGGUUGCAGCCAACCAGGAAGCUUUGAGUCAGGCCCUUGAUGUUUCUUUCUGACUUCUGAGGAGAGCGGUGAGUGGGACGCCAUGGGGUUCUUUCUGGUUCGCUGGGAGCUGACAUAGGAAAGGAGCCCAGGGAGGAUGUGUGGAAGGUUGUAAUGGUUUAAAUAUGGCUUCUUGGUUAGCUCAAGCUGUGCACUUAAUGGUCCCUUCCUGGGUCACUGGCUUUUCGUUCUCCACAGUUGCAGGUAUGGAAGAAACAUUUAAGCAGUGUUAAGGCUGACAUGUUUCCAGCUGCAAGCGUUAAGUAUUUGUCUUUGUGGGUGGCUGUAGAACAUAAGAGACUCUCAGCUCCAAAUAGCUUUUGGAAAUUGAGGAAUGUGCUUAAAAACCAGUAGUUGUGCAGGGCCAGGUGUAUUCCGUGGGCUAGCCAGCCUUCCCUGCCGGGUCGUGCCAGCUCUCCUCCCAGCCUCCUCCCAGCAGCCCAGCCUCUAAUGCCAAGAACCCCGGCUAAACUAGAGCCAGAAAGCCCCUUCCUGGAGAGUGGUUUCUCAGGGGAAUGAACUUAGGGUAAGGUAAGGCUAAACAGAGUGGAUUCUGGCAGGUGGAUGUAAGCCUUUUCUUCCUCCCAUGGCAGCCUUCACCGUUGUCACCCUGUAGAGCACACCUGGGCCACCACUAGCAUCUCCGGCUUAGCCCCUUCCAAGACACUAGUCCACAGCAAGGGUGGAGAGUGGACCUGGUGGAUUUAAGAGGUAGUCAAGUAAUCUUGUUCCCGCCAAACUGCCUUAUAAAUGUGGUCCUUCCCAGACAGGUGGGCAAGGCUGAGCGAAGGUGGCUCAGUCUCCUUGACAGGGUCUGGCCCACCUUCUGGGGCAGCACUAGUUUGGUGACUGAAGUCGUGCCAUUUAUUGGCUUACUCCAGUUCAGAAGAUCAUUGGUACAGCUAAGGAGAGGCCUUGAGAUGUGGGGACCUCUCUAGAUAGAAGGCAAGGGGUCUUCCCUUCGCUUCCAGAGAGUCAAUACGUAGGAAAAAGGUGGUUUUCCAAGUCAGGGCAGUAGACUGACGGGGUAAUGGAGGUAGAUGAGGUUUUCCUGAGGCUUUGUAUGAUGCUGAAUGUGUCCAGAGGGACAAAUUUGCAGAACCUCAUAUUGGUAUAUUAAAGAAAUAAUAAAAUAAAAAGCACUUUAGGUUACUUUAUCUUUAACCCAAUUGCUGCAAUUUCUGUUGUGUAUGUGUGUGUGCAUAUAUAUACAUAUAUACAUAUACAUAUAUGUAUAUGUAUAUAUGUAUAUAUAUGCACUUUCCACCAAGUUUUUUUUGCUCAUAAUAAAAAGUUGAGGUGUGAAAAGAAAAGCACUUACUUCGGUGCAAUAUAUGCGUAGCUUGACAGUUGUUAUCCCUUGUGGCCCUGGCCCAGCCUGUUUUUCCGUCAGCCCUGUGCUGAAGCUGUCCAUAGGGAAACACUUCUGCAUCUCAGCAGCUGCUCAAUCUAUGCAAGCCUUCCCUGUGAGUCCCGGGCGCCCCCCUCAGGCCCUCCGCGGAACUGCUGCAGCUGUUUUCUUCUUACUGUUGAGCCCCCUUUCUACCACUUCUUGGUCCCCCUGCUGUCCUUCUCCUCUUCACCAUGACAAAAUGAUUCCGGGAAGGGACAGGUUGUUCCCAGGUAAUGACCCGGCACCUUCUAGACUUUCAUAUCUGUAAUCACAUCCAUUGAAGGUAAUGGCUUCUCCAGUGUCACUGAAACUAUUGAUUGUGGAACUGCACCGCUAUUGCUCGUUUACAGCUUUUUUUUUCUCCACACCCCCAAUCAGAAAUAUGUUGGAGAAAGGAAUGGACAAUACAAGCCAUUUCUGUACUGUCCUCUGCACUACCUGAGUUGGCUCAAAGCAGACUGCGGGCUUUGUCAUAAAGCCGCUAAUAGUCUCCCUCACGGGCUCCCACCUCAUCUGAAAUUCCCAGCUGAAGACGAGAGGCAUUUUAAAAACCCUUCAGCCAGAGCAAGCUUUCCAUGCAGUCUGCAAGCAGUUCUGCUGUGACACAGCUGGGGAAUCGUCCAUCUCCUAUUUGGGGUGGAAGGCGUUCAAUCACAAAGCCAGAUAAUACAUAUUUCUGAUUGGUCAAUCUGUUUGGCCUGUUUCUGGAAUAUUCUUGGGGCAAAGACAAAAGGGUCUUGUUUCUUAUGCCCCUGCCCUUGGGGGGUUGAUCAUUAGCCUGGGCAUUUCUCACUGGUGCUCCUGGUGGCGAGAGGGCUUCUCGGUCUGCACUGAAAACGCGAGUUAUUGCAUCUGUCAAGGGAUAUUAUUAUAGUACAAGUGGGGUUUAAAAACCAUGCAUUGUUCCUUUGGUGGUGGCCUACUGGGCCAAAAAUAAGUGAUAAUGUCACGUCACUUUCUCAACAAUGCAGUUUCUACUUUUUUUACAGGAAAUUUUUUCGUAAAACUUUUUUCCACCAAAACCUAGGGUGUUUUUGCAAUAUCCUCAUUGCCCUCGUGGUGCCAAGUCAGAGGCUCGUCUGUCCUGGCCUCGUGUGUUCUCAGGCCUCCCAAGGGCUGUUAGAUUCAACAGUCUGCAUCUUUUGUUGUGCUUUGGAGAAAAUGUCACUGAGGUUGGAGUUCCAGGCAACUAUUCCCUUUUCCUGUGAACUUAACCCUAGUUCCAGUUUGGGGAAGGUGGCUGGAAACAGGCUUUUCUGGCUCAUACCUAGCCCGAAAAGGCCACAAAUUCUCUUUUCUAACACACACUAAAUCAUUGGCCAGUGGUCUUGGUGACAAGUUUUUAAGUCCCAAAUAGUUUUAUUUGGAUUAUGUAAAAGUAUCAAAUUUAUUUUAAAUGUAAAACAUGGGAACAAUGGACUUCCACUGAGCGAUAUGAAAACGUUACAGGUUCAGUACUUCCAAAGGAAGAAACUUCCAAACCCAAAAAAGAAAUACGAAUUUGUAUUUUUGAAGAAUGUGAAAUAAUGGUGUUUGCUUAAUUGCUCAUUUUGUAUAAACUUAAUAUUGUACUUUAAAAUAUCUGCUAUGAAGUGAAAAUUUAACUUUUUGGAACUGAAAAAGCAAUAUUAAAUACUAAUGAAAUCUUAAUUAAAUGCUUAUUUAAAUCUGGUA